AUGAUGAAUAAUAAUAAUAAUAAUAAUAAUUUUUUUUUAAAUAAAACAUCUUUAUAUGUUUUAGAAAAUACUACAUUAGUUAAUGGGAUUUCAAAUGGGUACAACAAGGAUCAUAAAUCAGAACAUAAACAUAGGGAUAGGGAAAAGGAAAAACAUCGUUCAGACAAGUAUAAGCAUAAGCACAGUUCCAGUAAAAGUAGUCACAAAGAUAAAGAAAGGGAUUCAGAAAAAGAAAAAAAAUUAGUAGACGAUAAGAAAUCUCACGAGAAGGAUAAAGAACGCAGGAGUUCUCCUUCGAAUAAAGACAGUAAAAGUUCCAGUAAGGAUAAACAUCAUAGUUCAAGCAGCAGCAGCAGUAGUAGCAAAGAUAAAGACAAGGAUAGGCAUGGUUCGAGUCAUAGAGACAAAGAUAAACAUGGCACAUCUUCGUCAUCAUCAUCAUCAUCUAGUAAGAAAGACAGGCAUAGCUCUCAAUCGAAGGAAAAGGAUAAGCAUCAUAUAUCAUCAUCAACAACAUCAUCAUCGUCAUCUAAGGAAAGGUACAAUUCAUCUAGUUCAAAAGAUAAAGAUAAGCAUAAAGAUAAAGAAAAGGAAUCGCAUGACAAAAGCAAGGAUUCCAAAGAGAGGAGUAAAGACAGAGGAGACUCACGAGACUCGAAAAGAGAAAGAGAAAAAGAAAAGGAAAAGGAAAAAGUGAGUUCGGAUAAAAAUUCGGAUCAAGAGUUGAAGGAAAUCAAAGAUGAAAACAUGCCUGAAUUUAAAACGUACACGGGAGAUUCCGCCGACAACACGGGAGAUUCUGCUCCCGAAGAAGAAUCAUUACGAAUAGACGAAGAUAGGGAUGAAAAUCAACAAGAAGUUAAAAUAAAAGAGGAAAAGGAGGAAGAGGAGGAAGGAGUCGAAAGCGAUGUACCUUUGAGUAUGAGAGUACCUAAAAGGGAAAUCGAAGGAGAUAACGAUGAUGAUGAUGAUGAUGAUGAAACGCCAUUGUUUGCCAGGUUGAAAAAGAAAAUAAAACAAGAGGAUAGCGAUGACGAUUUUAAACCUGGCAAGAAAACAAAAGGAAAAAAGAGGAAAAGUAAAGGUGAUAGCGAUAGCGAAGAUGAUUUUAAACCUGCUGCUAAAAAACCAUCGAAAACGGUUAUUAAGAAAGAAGUGAAAAAAGAAACGACGACGAGUCCGAAAAAGGUUAAAAAAGAAGAAGAGCAACAAGAUGUUUGGAAAUGGUGGGAAGAAGAAAAAAGGGAAGAUGGUAAAAAAUGGAAAUUUUUAGAACACAAGGGACCACUUUUUGCACCUCUUUACGAGCGUUUGCCAAAAAGUGUUAAAUUUUUUUAUGACGGUAAAGAAAUUAGUUUAUCGGAGGAAGCCGAAGAAGUCGCGACUUUUUAUGCAAAAAUGUUAACUCACGAUUACACGACGAAGGAAAAAUUCAACACGAAUUUUUUUAACGACUGGAGAAAAGUUAUGACUGACAAGGAAAGAAAAGUGAUCACGGAUUUGAGUAAAUGCAAUUUCAAACCCAUGGCUCUGUAUUUUCAAGAAAAAUCAGAGGAGCGUAAAGCGAUGAGCAAGGAAGAAAAGAAGGUUAUAAAAGAUCAAAAUGACGCCAUUCAAAAAGAAUACGGUUUUUGCACCAUCGAUGGUCACAAAGAAAAAAUCGGUAAUUUUAGAAUCGAACCACCCGGAUUGUUUCGCGGUAGAGGUGAACACCCCAAAAUGGGAAUGUUGAAAAAAAGAGUUUUACCCGAGGACGUCAUUAUAAAUUGUUCGAAAGAUUCCAAAAUACCCAAACCGCCGGACGGGCACAAGUGGAAAAAAGUACAACACGAUCCAUCCGUGACUUGGUUAGCCAGUUGGACUGAAAACGUACAAGGAAACGUGAAAUACGUCAUGUUGAAUCCAUCGUCGAAGCUAAAGGGUGAAAAGGACAUGGUCAAGUACGAAACGGCGAGAAAGUUGGCAAAGAAAAUUGAUAAAAUCCGCGAACAAUAUCAGGCGGAUUGGAAAAGUAAAGAAAUGAAAAUCAGGCAAAGAGCCGUGGCCCUUUAUUUUAUCGAUAAGUUAGCGUUAAGAGCUGGAAAUGAAAAAGACGAAGAUCAAGCCGACACCGUCGGGUGUUGCUCUCUCAGAGUGGAACACGUCGAACUUUAUCCAGAAUUAAACGGUAAAGAAAACGUUGUAGUAUUUGAUUUUCUCGGUAAGGAUUCAAUAAGGUAUUAUAAUGAAGUGCCUGUGGAAAAGCGUGUUUUCAAAAAUUUAUUAUUAUUCAAGGAAAACAAACAACCGCAAGACGAUUUAUUCGAUCGGCUAAACACUACCGUUCUAAAUAAACAUCUCAAUGAAUUGAUGGAAGGUUUAACCGCCAAAGUCUUUCGUACAUACAAUGCGUCAUGGACGUUGCAAGAGCAAUUAAAAGAAUUAACAAAUCCCGACGACACGGUGGCAGAAAAGCUUCUUGCUUACAACAGAGCAAAUAGAGCCGUGGCUAUUUUGUGUAACCAUCAAAGGUCCGUGCCGAAGAGUCACGAGAAAUCAAUGGAAAAUUUAAAAGCGAAAAUAGAAGCGAAAAGGGAGCAAAUAAAUGAAAUUAAAAAAGAAGUUAAAAACGCCAAGCGUAAUGGCGACUCCGGGACGGAAGCGAAAAAGAAGAAACAAUUAGAUCGUUUAAAAGAACAAUUACUCAAACUCGAAGUUCAGGAAACGGAUAAAGAAGAGAAUAAAACGAUAGCACUUGGAACAUCUAAACUUAAUUAUCUCGAUCCUAGAAUUUCCGUUGCAUGGUGUAAAAAAUACAACGUUCCUAUUGAAAAAAUCUAUAAUAAAACGCAAAGGGAUAAAUUUCGUUGGGCGAUAGACAUGGCGGGACCGGAUUAUGUAUUUUAA